AUGCCGAAUGGUUAUCACACUGACGAUUCGAUCGAGUCUACUACCCCCUCCAGCCACCGUCUUGCGGACGUGUCACCUUCAAUCUCGGCGCAAGCACCACGCAUACUCUGCGUUGACUCCAGUCCAGUUUCAGGCGCACCAACUCGUCCAAUUCCAGCCUCGACAAGGCCCGACCAGAGCUUCCGCUCGGCCAUGAGCUCCGGCAAUGGCUCUUCCAUGAGCCGCACCACUUUCACCUCGCCUUCCAAGCAAAGUGCAAAUGGCCACCACCAUGCAAGCUCGAGCAACAGCAACAGCAACAGCAACAGUACCAAUGCUUCCAAAAGCUCUAACACAUUUCGCUCCAGCCUCGAGCAAUUCAGGUAUGGCGCCAACAACGCCAAGCGCCACGUAGCCGAGUCCGACAAGAGCUCCGAUCUGAGCGAGCCCGAGUCUUCUGACCAAGAGCAACGCAAACCCAAGAAGCGUCGUCUUGUACGAGGUGGCGGUGCACGUUCUCCAUCACGCGACCACUCCCAAGAGCCAGCAGAUAGGCCUCGCCACAACAGAUCACGUAGCCCUCCUGCCAAGCAUGGCAUUGACGAUGAUGCCGAUCACGCUCGAGAGGUGCCCACCCUCCUGGAUCGGCAAUCUUCUGCAGCAUCCACUCGACCUGCAACCAAACCACCAGCAGACAACAGCCUUCCAGCACCUCUUUCCGAUGCAGAACUCAAGCAAAAAGCACGCGCCAUCAUCAAGGAGAGACCUCUGCUCGAGCCCAAACGCAUCCUCGCAGCUUUGCGUCAGACCCGCGGUGACAUUCCAAGAGCUGUGCACCUGCUCACAUCGCGACCCAGCGUGGUCACCACCAAGACCGUCAGCCUCAAGCUCAGCGCCAAUGGCAUUCAGCGCCCUACCCAGACCACGCUCACAAAUCGAUCAACAAGAAUGCCGUCUAACUCUAGCAAUCCCAGUUCCAGAGCCUCGACACCGUCCAUCUCUCGUACGCCCUCACAGUCCACUGCACCACAGUUGGUCCCCGUCAAGAAGCCGUCACGCGAGACAGAGCAGAUCAGCUCAGACGAUGACGACUCGGACGGCCAAGAUCGCCAAGAAAAGCAAGAGCAUGCCGCCGUUAGGUGGUUCAACACUGCCGAUGCCAGCGCUCUCAUGGACACUACCAACUGCAAUGCACAGCAGGCCGAGACCAUCAUCUCACUCCGCCCGUUCGACGACGCAGACGACAUUGAAGAGAAGCUCGGCAGCAAGUCGACCAAGGGCGUCACACCGAGGCUCUUUCAUCACUGCAAAGACCUCAUGGCUGGCUACUAUCAAGUCGACGAGGUUCUCGCCAGAUGCGAAACGAUUGGACGCGAGCUCAGCGACGCCAUGGCUUCCUGGAUGCCCGAUGCCAGUCAGAAUGGUUCUAGGUUCGCUACGCCCGCGCUCACUGCCUCAUCAGUCGACGCUUCCAUCGCAGCCUCGCGCGAAGGCACACCCUCGAGCACGCUCAACUUGUCCUCGAUCAAGAAAGGCGGCUCUUCCAAUGACAAGUUCUAUCUCGAAGAGCAACCUAAGCUGCUAGCCGACGGUGUCAAGCUCAAGGACUAUCAGCUUGUUGGUGUUAAUUGGCUCCACCUUCUUUACCGCAAAAAGACAAGCUGUAUCCUUGCUGACGAGAUGGGACUCGGCAAAACCGCCCAGGUCAUCGCGUUUUUCGCGCAGCUCAAGGACAUGGGCGUUCGUGGGCCACAUCUCGUCGUUGCUCCCAGUUCCGUAUUGGAGAAUUGGGAUCGCGAGUUCCGAUUCUUCGCGCCUUUGAUCAACGUACGCAAGUACUAUGGCAGCAUGAAGGACCGUGUUGAGCUUAGAGAGGAGCUUGUCGAAGAUGCUCAUCUGGAAGUGAUCCUCACCACCUACGAGAUGGCAGCCGGUGGACCACAGGAUCACAACUUCCUGCGCAAGUUCGGACGACGUGGCUGCGGUCGCAACGAAUGCAAGCCUGGCUGCGACGAAUCAGGUUGCCGAACAGGAGGCUUUCAAGUGUGCGUCUUCGACGAGGGUCACAUCCUCAAGAAUCGCAAGUCGCAGAAGUACGACAAGCUGCUCAAGCUCAAGACGCACUGGCGUCUGCUUCUGACUGGCACGCCGUUGCAGAACAACCUGCAAGAGCUAGUUUCGCUUCUCAACUUUAUCAUGCCUGAAUAUUUUGCCGAUGCCGAGGAGGCACUCUCUGCCAUCUUCAAGGUGAAAGCGGGAGGGCAGCAAAACGAGCUCUCCAAGCAACGUGUCGAUCGCGCCAAAAAGAUGAUGCAUCCGUUUGUGUUGCGAAGGCUCAAGGACAAGGUGCUUACCGAUUUGACCACCAAGACAGUCCGUGUCGAGUACUGCGACAUGCUACCGAUGCAACGCAAAAUCUACGCCGAGGCUGUAGCCAAGACCAAGCGCGUCGCUGCUGCGGAAGCGGAAGCGGCGACGACUCGCGCACGCUCACGCGCAGCGACAAGCUCGAGCAAGGAGAGCGGCCACGUGCUGAUGGAGCUGCGCAAAGCGGCCAACCAUCCUCUGUUGUCGCGACGGUUGUUCGAUGAAGCCAAGAUCGAUGCCAUGGCACGCGAUCUGAUGAAGGAGCCCGAUUAUGCCGACUACAGCUUUGAACAUGUCAAGGAGGAUCUUCGGAUCAACACAGAUGCGCAGCUCUCGUUCUCGGCGCAGUCGUAUCCGGCUACGCGCAAGCACGUGCUGCCCGCAGCCGAGUGGAUGAAGUCCGGCAAGAUCCAAGCGCUGCAGCGGCUGAUUCCCGAGAUCCAAGCCAAGGGUGAUCGGAUACUGAUCUUUAGCCAAUUCACCAUGGUGCUCGAUAUCCUGUGCGUGUGUCUGCAGCACAUGGGUGUCAAGUACGUCGGGUUUACCGGUUCGACGCAGGUGCAAGAUCGGCAGGUGUUGGUGGACCAAUUCACCAACGAUGCUUCGAUCACCGUGUUUCUGCUGUCGACCAAGGCGGGUGGAUUGGGCAUUAACCUGAUCGCUGCCAACUGGGUGAUUCUGUUCGACCAAGAUUUCAAUCCGCACAACGACAAACAGGCUGCCGAUCGGUCGUACAGGAUGGGCCAGACGAAACCGGUUACUGUUGUCAAACUGCUCAGUCGCGGGACGAUUGACGAAGACAUUCACGCGCUUGGUGAACGCAAGCUCCAACUCGCCGACCGCGUCUCUGGCCACGACGACACAGAGUCGGACGAAGCCGAGCAGAAAAAGGUGGCGCAGACCCUGCUCGCCAAACUGCGCGAGGCCGCAUCUCCUACCGUGCAAGACAUGAGCGAUCACGACGACAACAACUAG